GGGGUUGCCUUCACUGGUGGAUUGCAGUGGUGUGGUGGUUUGGUCACCUUAUUUCCCUUUCCUUUUAGGUCUGCAGUGUGAUUUGCCGUGAGCUUGGUUGCAGUGGGAGCACAUUGGUUUGUAUGCCCUUCUUGUCUUCACAACCUAGGUAACCUGUGGCCAUCUGCGGGUUUUAUUUGUUUUUUUCUAUUUUAUUUUCUUUUUAUUUACUUUUCUGUGUGGGUAAUUGUAUUAAUGGUCUGCAGCAUCCUUUUAACAUGUUAAUGUUUAUAUUAUUUUCUUUUGAAUAAAUAUGUUUAAGGCUUCACUACCGCCUUCUGCCUGAUUAUUUCCCUCUUUGGGGUCAUGAUGUUACAUUAUGUUAACAAUCGAGAAAACGUCAAUACAAUAUUCUUACCUAACUCUGCUAUUAGUUUUCGUGAUCGGCAUCUUAUUGAUUUCAUGUUAUUGUUUCUUCCGAUAUGGCAGAAAGGCCUCUAUAUCCACGAUGAAAGUGGAGCGAGCGGUCAGAGAAUCCAUCACCAAACAAUUACGGGAUGAAUCUCAGACACAUCCGGACGGGAUUAGAUUUCUCAGAGGACUUCUGAAUAAACCGAGAAGCAGUAUCUGAUUCACGAACAAAUGUAAAAACAAUUCGUUAAAGUGAAUGGGCCGCGCUUUGUGUUUUCGACUCAAAAAGAACCGGUUCAUAAGAGUCAUUUGUUAAUGAAGCCGACUACACUGGGCGCGCUGCGUGCAACCAUCACGCACAGUUUAGUGAAAUACUUUUUUGUUUGUUUUUUGCCAUUAUUUUCCGUUAGGCUGUCAUCGCCGCGGCUGAAAAGUAGCACAUGAAACACUGCUUACAUUUAUGUUUUAUCCUGUGAUAAUUCUGGGGUGGCACAGCUUUUUCUUAGGGUGGCAGUUGCCACCCCGUGCCACCCCGGUAGAUCCGCCCCUGAAGAUAACGAUAAAGAUAUAGUUCUAAAAAUCGUUCUCAAUAUUAAAGAACAGCAGUGUCCACACCACAACUAACGAUGAAGGAGAAAAGAUGGAAUCACUUUCAGAAAGAUUUUUUCCAGCUGAUGAGCGAUACAAACACUGACGCCCAAUCAGAAUCCAUCCUGCUGUAACUAGCGGCUUAGAAUAAACAGACGAUAUCGUCCUUUUAUCUUUAUAGUUAUCAUCCUUGGUGUGAACGGACCUUAAUGCCUUACUUUUUUUAUUUUAUUAUUAUUAUUAUUUUUUGCAAAAGGCGAUUUUCAAACAGUGAAGUAUCCUCUAUUAUUUUGUUUACCUCAUCAGCUGCUGCGCAGUGUUGGUUGCUUGGUAACAGUCCUGAGAGUGGAUUGUCGAACUUGAUGGUGCAAUUUAAGAUUUCCUAACUAGAAAUAAGAUACGGUUUUGUAAGAUAGGAUAAGAAUCCCAAAUCAAGUUAAGAUUUCGAAUACGAAUACAAAACAUCCUAAUUUAACACAUCAUAUCUUAAAUUAAGACCUAAAAUAUAAGAAACGUUCAGUAGCCUAAUACGCCCCCAGGUGAGCAUUAUAGAAGGCAGGUCUACUGAAAGGUGUGGGUAGGUGGAGCAUGUAAAAGGAAAGGAGGUUAGACAGUGUGUGUACGUAACUGACCUCAUAAAAGAAAAAGAGAAGCAGAACAAUAGACAGAAAAUCAUGGACACAGCAAGCAGAAGAAACAUUAAAAACAACAACACCACCACUAUGGAAUUUGGAUUUUUUACACAUGAAGAGUUGUGUGAUCAUUUCUGCCAAAACAAGACAAAGAUGUCAACAAUAGAAGAGCCGUUGAUGUUUCUCCGACAUCUCAAGGACAAUAGACUCAUUACAGAUGAGCUCUAUCAAAAGCUUGAGAACACUGGUGACGAUAAUGGUGUGUAUUGUGCCUUGGAUUAUAUCGAAAAACGUGGAAAGAAGGAUAUUAGAAAGUUCUGGCAAUGUGUGGACCAGGAGCAUAUUUUACAGCGUUACUCUCAACUCUCUGAAAUCACUACAGCCCUGAUGAACUUUCAUGAGAGUCAAGGAAACAGAAAAAGAGAAAGAGCUGAGGAUCGAGGCACAGGAAAAGAAAGAGAGAUUAAAAAGAGAAGGACAGAGAGCAACUGUGAGAGUGACCAGGCUGGACCAUCAUCACAAAGCACUAACAGCCAGAGGACGACAGAUAAACACGAGAAGAGAGAACUUCAGAGCCCUCCAGACUCCAGUACACAAGAGUCAUUUUCCUGUCCGUACUUGCAUAGGAAAGCAGAGGAUCUCUGGAACAUGCCUAAACACAAGAGAUGGCUUCCUGUCACAUGUGGGAAUGAAAAGGCCUCAUUGGACAGAGAAGCAUUGAAUAACAGAAAGAGGAACUGUAUAAAAUAUGGCAGAGAAAUGAUCUCCCCUUUUAUAUUUGAGAAAAUGGGUGGAAAAGAAACAUGCAAGUCUUGGAAAACAAGUAUAUUAUGCCAAGACACAAGCCUCAAGCGUCUCAUGGAGAUGAAAAUGUUGAAGAUACCUGAACUUAAUAGAAAGUUUACCCUUCGUAAAUGAUGUGCCAUGCAUUAUUUAUUUAGCAUUUUCAGUUACUUAAUAUACUGAGCUCAUGAAUCCACUAGUUAAUUAACUAGUUGUGAGUAUAAUUAACAGCUAAUAAUUAAAUUAUAAAAAUGUGAAAGUAAAAUAAAUAAUUUUAAAAUGAUAUCAAUCAAAAUAAAACGCUUACUAAAAAAAAUAAAAUAUUUGAUUUGUUUACCUGCAUGUCAUGUGACCGUAAACCAAUGUGAGAAAACUGUGAACAUGAAAAUGUGACACUUGAUUAUUAAAAUAUUUAUUUUAAAAGCUCAGGGGGACAUAAAGUAAAUAUAUUAUUAGGGGAAAGAGGUUCAAAUGACAAAAUAGUAGUGCAUUUUAAUGUUUCAAAGACAAAGGCCUUCCAAAGACUUAACUCACUGAGUGAUAAAUAAAUAAAUAAUAAAUUAAUUUGUCUGUAGUUGAUGUAAUGUUGAAGCACUUCUUAAACCUGAAAAGAUUUUUGUAAACCCAAUGGUCAAAGGCUGUGUGACAUCUCAAUUUUCUGUGUAAUUACAUC